UCUAUGGUUAUCCCGCCCUCGGCGCUUCCUCUCUAGCCGCUCGUGCUCUAUGCUCCGCGGUCUCGGGCCGCCAGCCGGCCAGCGGGGAGGGGUGCGCAGAGGGAGGCGGGGCGGAAAGGCAAGAGGUGUCUAAUCCACCCGAGCCGCGGGAGACCCGAGCAAGCUCAGUGACAGCUCCUCGGCCGCCAUGUCAGCGAGUGGGGCUGAAAACAGACCCGGCGCCCAGCGGUAGUCCUCCUUUUGCCUCGGAUUCCCAGACAUGGAAGGACUUUAAUGAAACUUUAAACGGUUCAACAAAGGAUGCGCUAAUGGAUGACAGCAAUACUCCUACAUAUAAUCUGCAGUUGGAACCACAAGAUGGGUGUCAUCCUGGUGACAGAGUGGAAAGCAGAGUAACAUGCUUAUCUUCUGUGUCUGAUGAAAAUGAAAAUCAACUUGAUGGGGAUGGGCCUGAGCUUCUGACCAGCAGUGACAGUGCAAUGGGAAAAACUGAAGUGUUUGAGCAGGACAGUCUCAAUAAUAAUGAAAACUUCAUGUCCAGUUGUGAGGUGCCUGCAUGUGAGAACUCAGAAUACACUCUGUGUGAAGGCCCCAGAGAUGAACAGGGAUUCUUUGAAAAGGACAAAAGAGCAGCUGGAAAAAGAAGUACAAGAACCAAAAGAGGAACUGUUAAGAAGAUACCACCAGGAGAUACUACACCUUUGAUGGAAACAAAGAUAUUAAGUGCAGCCACACAUCCUGUUGGUGAUGAAGAGGCUACUGAAGUAAAUGCUAAUGACCAACCAGAAGCUCCAAAUCUAGUUCUGCAAUCUCUGUUUUCACUAAUACGAGGCGAAGUUGAGCAGUUGGAUUCAAGAGCACUUCCUCUUUGCCUUCAUCAGAUAGCUGAGUCCUAUUUCCAGGAAGAGGACUAUGAGAAAGCAAUGAAAUUCAUUCAGCUUGAACGAUUAUAUCAUGAGCAAUUGCUUGCAAAUCUUUCUGCCAUUCAGGAACAGUGGGAAACAAAAUGGAAAACUGUACAACCACAUACAGUUACACCACUAAGGAAUUCAGAAAAAGGAUUUAAUGGUGAAGAUUUUGAACGGCUUGCUAAAUUUUGCACAACACAUCAAGAUCCUCUUUUAUCCAAACACAGGAUAGCAGCUAUAGAAAAGUCCCUGGGAAGGCAAUGCUUUACACAGUUAAUAGUGUCUGAAGAUCCAAAGGAAAGAGGAGCUACAGCCAAAGAGUCAGAGAGUGAAACUUGUCUGGGCAUGGAACCAAGUAAAAAAAGCCAACAUACGGAAGAGCCUCAGGAAAGCAGGCCCAGCUGUAAUCAGAUGGAUGGACAGGCAAAUUCCCCAAGCCUUCCAGUAACUGCAGGAAAGGACCACACGGAGCCGCUCUGCAGCACUGAAGCCACGCUGGAGCUCCACACCCAGCCCUCCGAGACAGCCUGGAGCAGGUCAGAGCCAGACUCUUCCGAGAAUGCCUGUGAGAAUGACAGACGCUUGCAGGCUGCUGCCACAGAGGACCGACCAGAUGUGGCUAAAACAGGGGGCAUUGCUGAAGACCCUCAGGUGUUACCUUCUGGUGAGUCAGUGAGAGAACCAUUGAUCUUACCAGGCUGUGACCAUAUAUCAUGUCCUGUGUUGAAUUCCAAGGGAAAAUAUUCACAGUCACGAAGGAAAGAACUCCAGUUGCCCCUUCAGGAUGUUUCUGAGGCGGUGCCAGAGGACCAGCCUGAGAACAAUGAAUUAAAUGAGCUGCAGCAACCUGAUCUCACAGACAGUGAUGGAAAAUUGCCACAGGGCCAGACUGACUCUGAGGGCUCAGAGAAUGUACUUUGUGAAAAUAAUAAAAUAUCUGACUUAAGUACAUUGCUUCCAGAAGUGUAUAUGGCCCCAGAGGAAAAGGGAGAUAAGGAAGACCAAGUCAAUAAGGAAACAGAAGACUAUUUGAACAGCCUUUUGGAAGGAUGCUUAAAAGAUACUGAAAAUCCUCUUUCCUAUGAAGACAGCCAAGACGAGGAUUCUGAUCUCCUUCAGGAUCUUUCUCCUGAGGAAGCAUCCUACAGUCUACAGGAGAAUCUGCCUUCUGAUGAUAGCUGUCUUUCUCUUGAUGAUCUUGCCAGAAGGAUAGAGAUUGCAGAGGUUGUUCCUGCUGAAGGGUUGGUCUCUAUAUUAAAGAAAAGGAAUGAUACUGUAGGAGAUCAUCCUGCCCAAAUGCAGCAGAAAUCAUCUAAGAGAAGAGUGAGAUUCCAAGAAAUAGAUGAUAACUUGGAUCCAGAUGAAGUUGGAGGUGGCUCUUGUAUUUUACUGAUCUUGCUGUGCAUAGCAACAGUUUUCCUUAGUGUUGGAGGAACUGCGUUAUACUGCACUUUUGGCGACAUGGAGUCACCUGUUUGUACAGACUUUGCAGACAACAUGGACUUCUAUUACACCAAAUUACUCCAGGGAAUGGCAGAACUGAAACACUGGAUCUACCUCUCCUAGCAACACUCAAGGGGGACAGUCACAUUGGCAGUGAGAAUGAAAGAUGUGAAACUUUCUAAACAGCUUUUAUUUCAGAGUUCUGAAACAUUCCCCCUAACCCCCAAUGAAGACCCAAGAAUACCCAAAACAGCAACUUUAAAUGGCAAUCCAGAGGACAUCUGUUAGAAUAUCUACAUAAUGAGGUGUUAUUGAUGUAACCAUCAUGGAUGAAGAAAUGAUCUUUGGAGAGGUAUCCAUCUCUUCACUGCUUCUUAGAGCAAUGAGGAACACUGAACAGAUUAUGCUGGGCAGUCUUGUAACCACACUGUUUCUAGCUCCUGUCAAGCUAAUGGUUAAAGGACACCUCUGGUUUAGAUUUGUUGGUCUACAGGCAUUCCUUCUAGCCAUCAUGCAAUAAGUUUGUUUAUAAUCAGAGUUCCUUAUGGUUCCAAUGUCAUUUUUUAGUUACCCUUGGGAGCUAUGUAAUUUAGGCCUUUUGUAUUAUUUCCAGAUUCUGCUAUCCAUUUGUGAAAUGGCUCUGUGUGUGUGUGUGUGUGCGCGCGCGCGCGCGCACGCAUGUAUCUCAAGCAGUUCUCAUAAGCAAAUAUCCAACAUAGAGUAACAGAGAUUAUCUUUAUUCUUUUAACUUGACUAUGAUGUGCAGGCACAAAUAUUUGAAGAAGGCUUAGCUGUAGAAUAGAUGAAUUGUAGAAAUGGUGGCCCUGAAAUGAGAAACUGUGACAGAUCUGUGGCAAUUAAAUUGAUUGAGUAGCCAGAAAUUAAUCACAGUCCUGAAGGCAAAAUUAAAGAGCUCCCCCUGAGUCUCAGGAACAGUUUGAUCACGGACUCAGUGCUUCCUGAAGUGGUGAACGCUGAAAUCAACAUGAUUCAGCAAACACAUACUGAGCAUCUAUUAUGUUCUGAGAAUCUAAAAAACAGAAUAUGGACAUAAAUAUAAAAUCCCUACUACAGAUGUCUUAAUUCUGGUCAUAUAAAGUAAGCCAGUCCUUUGGCGAGUGAAAUUAAAUCACCAUAUAUAAUUCAGUAUUAACAGAUCAUGCAUUCAGGUGUUUUAAUAUGCAUUCAUAUCAUGGGCUUGAUUUAGACUCUAUUGUGGGGUCAUUAAGUGAAAAUUCAAUCAUACCUUAAAUAGGCAAAAGUAUGAUUUUUAUUUAAAUCUGUCAGUUAGGUGGCCUAACAUUUAGGAAGCCUUGCUUUGACUUUUUAUAUCGCAGGCAGCAUUUAAAAAACAAAAACAUGAAUUAUAGUUUUUUAGCAAGUGAUUAUUAUUUUCUGUUUUUCCUCUUAGGAUCAUUUGAAAGAAAAAGGGAGAAAUUGCUUUCUAGUUGUUACUGGCUGGUACAGUACUUUCCUUUGUGUUUUUGCUUAUUUAUUUAGAUUAUAUGAAUUUAAAGGGCUUUUUAUAAGUUGAAAGUGUGUUGCUAAGCAUGCAUUUGGUUAUCCCAAUGCUAGAUACUUAAUUAUUAUGUACUAGUGUUUUGAUUUUUCUAUAAUUUCACCUCAGUGUGUUUGGGGGCUUGUUUAUUUUUAAACUGAUGUUUUGUUUUUACUUGUAAUACUGUCUGGCUUGUCUUUAUCAUGUCACUAUAAACUGUAAUAUUUCGAAUGGUUAUAGAUCAAAGAUAUUUAUUUAGAAGUGUACAAGAUACUGAAAUUUAGAUUCCUUAUACUUAAGGCUGAUUUUAUUAGAAGAUUAUUUUAAUGAUGUAAUAUAAAUUUUAAGACUUUGUAUUCAAAUUGUAUAUAAAAUAUGUAAUCUGUCCACGGUACUAUCUUAAGUGGUUCUAUAAAAGCCGCUCACAAGAUCUACUGUAUGGAGCCUCCUUGUCAUAGACAAACCUCUUCUGUGCUACCCUCAUAAUUUCUAGUUGCAGGAAUUUGGUGAUCCUUAUUUUAGCCAAUUUUAUGUCAAGAGAAGUCAAAAUUUCCCUCCUAUUUACCUUUUUAGGUCACCAUGAGAGUCCUAUAUAAUCUCUGAUGUUAUGUUUGCAACCUAGGCCACUUUUUUGAAACCUGGGAUUUCCUAGGAACCUUCACAUUAUAAUGAAAAAGUUGAGAUAAUACCUUGUUAGUCAGGGCUCCCAGUCAUGUCUUGAGAAACCACGGAUAUCUUCACCACUUCCCAGAGGUGGUGAGAUGAGCUCAGGAGCUUAUCAAUAUUUUGACUUAAAAUAGGCAUGAAAUCUCACUUAGAAAAAAUUAGGGAAACUUUAAAAAAUGUAAUAGUAAAUUAUUGCAUGAAUUGGAGUAAUUCCAUCCAGUGAUGAAAGGAUUGUUAUAUCAUGCGUAAAAAGUUUAUCCAGUUUUACUGAAAUGUAAUUUUUCCUCUCAUUUGAAAGUACUGAUAACUGUUUGUAACUAAUCUUCCUUAAGAACUGUAUUUGAGGGUAUCACAUUGGGCUUGUAAUUUAAAAUCUACACCAA